AUGGAAGAACUUCAGAUUGCUUUUGUGGGUUCGCCUCCACCUUCAGGAGAGGAAAUUUGCGCUUCUGAUAUAAACUUUGAUAGGACACUUCCUGGUUUGCAUCAAUAUCUUGGGACAGAUUUUGUAGAUGUAGGCGGGAGAACGUUUCUGGAGCCUGGGAGUAAAACUCAUAUGUAUGCAUUUUAUCGCAAGGAUGUUGUUUUGGUGCCCGGACAUUCUCUUCCACUGAUACCUUACGAUCCACUGGAAUCAGAUCUCCUCCAAAAAAUUAAUAAGGAGAGAAAGCCGUUGAUAUUUCUCCCUGGGUAUCAAGAUCAUGUGAGCUUGGGGGAUUUUGUUGGUUGUGUUGGCACUACGGCUGACUUAGUUGCUAUCUGUAUUCCUGAUUCAAACGAAAAUGCUCCUAUUCGUGCAAUGUUUAUUGGCAGACAACGGAUUCGUAUCACUAAAGCAACGCGUGACUCUUUAUACCCCCUUGUUUGUCAUGGUACAAUUUUACCAGAAGCAUCUUUUGAUCGUGAAAUGGCCAGUCACCCUUUGGGUUGGGGAUUGAUUCCUCGAUCAUGGGCUCGUUUUGGUCGUGAUCCACUACCAGCACGUCCAAGUGCUCAUAAUUCCAACUCAAACCAAGUUUCAGCCAGUGUAGCGUCUACAAAGUAUCCAAACAGUCGUCCCUCUCACAAUAGUCUGCCCAGUUCUCCCCCAUCACAUUCUCUCACAGUAAACUUUUGUAUCCCACCAGCAGGUAAUGCCUUUUCUAUUUUCGAUUCCCGGUUGAGUACUUGGAGAACUACAGGACCUAUCAGCUCUGGCAAUACAUAUCCGUCAUGUAGCUCCGCAGGAGCUCGACUUGAUCACUUUGUUGACGAUGGUUCAGACCAGGAAGAGAAUUCAAAAAAAUCGAAAUGUGAUCAUGAUAAGUUUGACAAUGAAGGCGAUACAGAAUUAAAUUGUGCAUCAUCCAGUUAUAAUAAACAACAGGGUGCAAAAUCAGGAAAUAAACUAGCUAGAUCUUCCUCACUUUCAGAAGACAUUGAAUUAAUUGUGGAUCGUGCUGUUGAUCGAGUUGGUCGACCAUUCCAUUAUCGUAUCAAACAGCUUUGUGAUCCUCGUCUCUUGGCUCGUCGUGAUGUUUUGGCCGCAGUUGCACAAUCUUAUGCUUCUUUGCCAUAUUGGGUUUAUCGGCAGUAUGAUUUGAAUUAUUUAGUUGCAGCCAUUCAAGCGGAACUUUAUAAUUGGAAUGAUACUUGGCAAGUUGAUAAAUGGAAUCCUGAAUUAGCUGUUCCUUUUUCUUACUGGCUAAUACAGAAUCUUCCGAUGUCUGGUUCGUUGAAAUCUCAUAUAUUGGGUAUUGAUCAUGUUGUACAACGUUUACGAGCUUUGCUGGAAGUUAUACGCCGUUCGACAGCCUGUGUUUGUUCAUCAUGUGAUGCAAAUAUCACUUCAAACCAAUAUAUUAUAUGUCUUGCUCAAGAGGGAAGUUCACAGACGUAUAUUAAUCCAUCUGGUAUUUUACACGAUAUUGUGACUGUGAGUCAAGUCACACCAAAUUCUGUUAAUCUUAUCGGUGAGGCGUCAGCCGAAUAUUCUUGGUUUCCUGGGUAUUCUUGGACAAUAGCCAAUUGUAAUAGUUGUUACCAGCAUAUGGGUUGGUUAUUCAAAGCCUUAAAUGAUCAAUUACGUCCACGAAAAUUUUGGGGUAUUCGACGUCAGACAGUUGUGCCCGGUUUAAUAAGUGCAUCAGAUUGGCGUCCUUGUAUUUAA